AUGUCCAAGUCAUCAACCCCGUCGUCAGAGCCAAAGUCGUUCGGGCCAAAAGCCCCUCUCUUCCCUCCAGGAGCAGAAGUUCACUUUGCAUCUGCACCUCCCCCCGGUGUUGGGCGGGCCUAUGCAGUGGACACGGAGGCUGAAUUCGCCAAUCCACGCCCGAAGCCACCUCCAGGGCGGGUUGUCCAGGGAAGGACACCAAAGGGGUCAGAAAAGCGGUCAGAUGCCAUCUUCGCCAUCAAGACCUUGCCCAAGCACAGGGCCUCUCAACCCCCAUGGGUCAAAGAGUUCUUUCUCUUCGCCCUUUCAUUGGCGGUAGAGAUCUUUGACGAGCUGUGGCAAUUGGCAAUCCUGGUUCGGAAAGCUCAGGAAGGGUCUGACGUAUGGGACAGAUGGUACCUGUUCAGUGACAAGGUCUGUGCACUCUUCAAAGAGCAGGCAAAAUCGUACAAGGAAGAAAAGAUCCAGGUCUGCACACUUGGCAUUCUCCAAGACUCAGGAGAUCACGCGGAUGUGAUCCUCAAGGUUAUUGACCACUUGUUGGAGCAGCAAGAAGUCAAGGAGCGCGAACACAACGCGUCAAGGCGCCAGAAGCUGAUUCGUGACGCACGCUCUAACAACGACGAAGCUCUGGUCCGGGAACUUCAAGACGAGGCUCUGACCGACACAGCCGCCAUUCGUGAACGCAUCCGGACGACGCAUGACGCGUAUUAUCAAGCAAUGCGCGAGCUGCGAGAGCGACAGACGGAGUCAGGCAAUCUACUUGGUUUGACUCAGGCUGAAACCGCAAGGCUGGAGAGAUUUGCCGAAUGGGAAGAGAGAGAGAGAGAGGAGGGUACAGCAACAGGUCAGUGCGCAUCCCAGGAUACAAAUACGCGCAAUGUUCCUUACAUCCUCCUGUGUCUGCUCCCUGUGGCGGCAACGGUCCAGGAACUCAUCUCUCAGGGCAAAGAUCAGACUGUCCUCACUGCGAAGGACAUCGAGCAUAUUCUCGACUUCUUCUACACCAAUGUUUGGGGGGUGAGCAUUGGCCAAGCCUUGGCCAGGCUUGCAAGCUCGCUCUACCGGCUACCGUGUGGAGUCAGCAUGGCGAAGGUGUAUGAACGCCUCAGCAAAGAAGGCUUAUUCAUGGCCAGCGAGGGGAUCGACACGAGCCCAGCCGUGCUUACAGGACUCCGCAUUCAGAGAGCCUAUGCUGAAAUGCUCGGCCGUGAGUCAGCAUUUGGGUUCUUGACGGCCAAGGGACCUGAAGCUCUGGCAGGAGCCAGUGCCACUGAGCAUCUGGUUAGCGGUUCGGUGCUGUACGCACUGAUGUUAGGCAAGCAUUCCUGGUUCCACCGAACAGAAGGGCAGACUGCCAAUGCGCCCUUGGCAGAGAGUGAUACGGAUGGCAGUGUGAAGAGGACACGCUGA